AUGCAACCAAAGAACAGAGCAGCAGAAAAUCAAGGAAGGUUUACUUCACAUUUUGCAGGAGCUCUCAUCCCCAUUUUAGCGCCUGCGCCUCCAGAGCAAUUGCCCUUCAUGGGGGUCGCAAAAGGAGAUUGGCAGAUCGCUACCCUGGCUUUACUCUUGGGCGGUGCUGCCAUCAUUCUUAUUGCGUUCCUGGUGGGUUUGAUUUCUAUCUGCGUGGGAUCUCGAAGGCGCUUCUAUAGACCUGUUGCUGUCAUGCUUUUUGCAGCAGUUGUUUUACAGGUUUGCAGCCUGGUCCUUUACCCAAUCAAGUUCAUUGAAACUGUGAGCUUGAAAAUUUACCAUGAGUUCAAUUGGGGUUAUGGCCUGGCCUGGGGUGCAACUAUAUUUUCGUUUGGGGGUGCCAUCCUUUAUUGCCUGAACCCUAAGAACUACGAAGACUACUACUAGAACCGACAGUCUCAGAUUUUCAAAACAACCAACCAUCCACCAAAAGGAUGACGUCUGUAUCUUUUGUAACCCGCUAUUUUCUAAAACACUUGUGGAGCAUCAAGCAGUUUGCUCGGUUGAUUUAAUAUCUUCUGCCUUUUGGCUGUCUACACCGUAACCAGCUUUUACAUUCAUUUUAGGGACCUGCACAAAUUAAGAGAGCUGAUUAGACCUAGGCAAAUGCUGCAAACUUCCAAUAUGUUCAUGUAAUUUUUCUUGACAAGUGAAGGGUCUGUAUGACAGCAACCAUUGUGAAAAGCUAGUUGGAAUGAGAAAUGCCUCAAUCUCCUAUUGCCUGCAGGGGAGCAGCUGGCAUAAGCAACAUUUAGAAGUUCCUUUGCUCUGACAAGGAUUCCACUAUUAGAGUCCUUAUCACCUGCUUACCCUGCCCAAUCACUACAUUGGCCAUUGGUUAUUUGCUUGAGUGAGCUUUUGAAAAGUGAACUGCCCUUCAGCACCUACUGGGAGUUCUGAAUGUAAUUGGUUAAUGGUACAACUUCCACCUUUAAGAAUACUUUUUUUAAUGGGAGGCAGUGCUUUGGCAAUCAGCAGCUCCCUGGGAAGGGCGUCAAGACUUGGAGACACAUGCUUUUCAUUAUGUGGUUAGAAAUUGUGCCUCAGCCAUAUCUAGAAUGAGGAAAAUUGGGAGUCUUUACUUUCCCUGGGGCAACUAGAAAGAAAUAUGCAUGAGUUGCUUUUGUCCUAAGUACCCUUUAAGUCGUUUACGAAACAUUACAGCAAGUAAUUGUGUGUAUGUAACAAGCUUAAAUAUUUUUAUAAAGGUGAACCAUUAGUAUAAAUGGUAAUAAGUUGUUCCUUGGCCCUAUACAUGCAUUUGCCUAAUACACGUAAAAGUAGUACUUGCUCUAGUGAAGUGUGCUCAGACACUAACCUUGUACCUGUUAAGAGGCUUAGAUUGGUAUUCACACUUACUUACUGUACAGAAGUACAUAUACCGUAAAGCUUUUGCUCUAUGUUCUCUACUGUCACUGGAAAGUUUUAAUAGAAUUGUAUAAGAAGAAAAACGGAAAUGGUGUUAUUCUGAAAAUUCAUGAUUCUUCUGUAAACACUGUAGUUAAAAAGAGAGUAGCAAUUAGAAUGAUCGUUUUGUUAAAAAUUCAGAAAAAUAGAAGGCUGCUUUUCCCCCAAGUACUUUAAAUGUCUUUAUUUAAAAAAUAAAAGAAUAGUGAUAGAUUUAUAUAAAUGUCUAAAUGUCUCAGUAGAGGAGUAGAAUUCAUCUGGUUCUCACCUGGUCCUCUGAAGUUAACUAAUGGGCUAACUGAUUUGUGCACACAAUUAUGACGGAUUUAUGUUAAGGGAAUCAUUUGUUGGCUGUUCAAAUGGAAGGAAGCAUCAGUAAUAGGGAAUGAGUUUGCAACUAAUCUCACCCUGCAAACUUGUGUUAAUCCUGUUGAAUAUACAAAUUUGGAUAGUUUAAUUAUAAACAUAUUUUUAUAUCAAAUAUACAGUUCUAAUAGAAAAGUUAUAAAUAGUUAUUUUUGUUAACAAAGACACUGAAACAGUAUGUUCUGGUUUUGACCCUUUUGCAGAAGGAAGCAUUGGAAAAAUCACUUAAAAUGUACUUCUGUUCUAUUGUGUUGCAAAAUCUGUUAAGAUCAAUAGUAUUUAAUAAUUUUCUUUACCUCCCAAAGCAGAGUUCUGCUUUCAGUUUGUCUUAAGAACUGUUGCCAAAACAACAGGAAAAGAAACCUAUUUUAUUAUUCAACUGCUUAAAAAUAAACUUAUCUUGCAACUUUUCUAUAGAAUCACAAAGUAAAUAUGAAGAACCAGGCUUAAUCUUAUUUUAGCAAUGGCAGACAAAAGGAAUUAAAUGCAUCCUAGAGAGAAACCUUUAUAGAAGUAUAUGAUUGUCUAUAGAAUCAUGAGAAACUAUGGGUGGAAAAUUUCCAGAAAGGUAUUAGUACUAUAGAAUCUUUUGAAGCAAUUUUCUUGAAAAAUAGUAAAAUCUGGGCCAGAGAGUCUUGCAGUUAAUUGCGUAUUGUCAGGGCAGCAUGAGAAAUAUGAUAUUUGUUGGAUGGGGAUUUGGGCUCCUAAACCCUCUCUAUUGUGAGAGAGUCUCUUUAUUCCUGAAUAAUGGAAGAACAGUACUUUGGUGCUGACAUCAAUGAGGCACUUUUCUUAGUCCUAGUAGAGGAUGCAGUGUGCUGUUAGACCAAUAUCACAUCUCCACUCUUAGCAAGUUUUCAUUGUCAGUAUGACAGGCUGGAAAAUGACAGAAUAUGUUAUAGGCUUAAGGCACACAUAUUUGCAGUUCACUGAAAAGUAGAUUUCUUAUAUGACUUUUUCCCCCUUCCCAAUGAAAAGCCCUAUGCUACAUUUCUACUGUCACUAAUAUUUGAAAGUAUUCCAUUUCUAACAGGCUCGGUACAACAUGAAAGGUAUUGCUCAUCUGAAAUACUGUUUUGUCUAUCAGAAUAAACACAAGCGAAUUUUCACUUACCUUAUGUCUUUGCAGUGUUAGGUUUGUUUGAUGUUUUCUUACAAGAAAAACUGUUAACUACAAAACCAUUGUUUAUCUUAGAUAUAUACACGUACACACGUAGAGCAUAAAGUACUCAGCAGGGCUAGUUAUUUGGAUUUCUUGCACAACUAUUUAGCUUUUUGUAAGUUCAACGUGUAAAUUUUAAAAGACAAAUAUAGAGAGACCUAUGUGUUUGAAAUAUAAAUGAUAUCUAUGGAUUAGCAUGUACCUGUAUAUUAUUAAACAUGCAAUGAACUGACUGGUAAGUGACGUCUAAAUGUAUGCCUAGCAAUGUAAUUUAUUCAGACUGUAUUUUUGUACAGAGCAGCGCACACUAACCUAUGCCUCUGUGUCCUCUUUAAUGCCUAAAACUGUGCCUAGAAAUUUCAUCUGUCUUAACAAAUAAAAUUAUACUUCAUGCUGUUGAUGCUAUAGUUUCUCUACUGCUGUUCUAUAUUUAUUAUUUUUAAAUAUAUGACAUGUUUACUACUUAAAUAAGAAUCCAUAGUAUUCUGGUUAUUUUUUCUAACAGUUCUCUAGGGGAAACCUGUUUAUCACUCCAGUGGUUUUGAGUUUGCAGUUUCAUGAUGGGUUCCUCAUUUCAUGAUUUUUGUAGCUGACAUGAAGUUAUCUAUGUGGAAAAAUAAAAAUAAAAGUGGUUUCACUGA